UAAAAUAUCUGUUCUCCUGAUUGUGCCCAAGAAAAACAGAUUUAACAUGAAAAUCAUGAGUCUAAAAAUUGUAGAACCCCAGACUAAAUAGAUCUGCUUAAUCUAUGUAUAAAGGUGCCAACAAACCUAGUUAUGUCCUUGAUAAAAAUUUAUAUUGUAACCUUCAACCAAGCUUCUUCAAUGAUGAUGCAAAUAUGUUCCUCACUUGUUGGAACACGAAGGCUGAAUUUGACGUGUCCUUUGCUGCCAAAGAUCUUGAAAUAGACUACAAGCCAACGAAGCAAAGCGUUUUGGAAACAUGCGAAGCCCUGAUCGAAAUAGGAUUCAUUAAAAAGAAAUAAGAUGUCAUAAUUGAUAUAAAUAACUGCACC